AUGGAUGAAGCAGUUAGGAAUAGGAAGAAAAAGAAAAAAUUUGAAUUUUUGGACAACGACGUUUGCAGGCAUCUUAACAAUCAUAAUUUAUGUCUCGAAAAUAACGUCAUUCACUAUUGUCCGAGAGCUGGCAAAAUUUUUACUCGACUUAACCUUCGCGAUUACUUUUUAUCGUUCAUCUUACCAAACAACGAUCGCUUAUUCAGCGAUGAUUUCUUGGACGACUGCCAGAUAUAUAAUUUUGUCGCUAGUGGCCAGACGUCAACAAGUUUAGGGAAUUUUACAGCAGCUGACAGUUACACAAGUGUAGCUCAGGUUCCAGACCUUCAAGCUUACUCGACGGUAGCUGUGUCUGAUCUGAGCAAUGAAAGUUUAUUAUUUUCGCAGAUUAGUACUACCGCAUAUUACUAUACAAGCGACUUGAACUAUUACGGCUUAGAAUCCGGUCAAAAUCUCUUUGAGACAGAUGAAAUCAGCUACGGAAAUGCGGUUAAGUCUCAGGAGAGGAAGUAUCCACCAAUAAAAACUUCACCCCCGGAACUUCCUGGACAACGAACUGCACUGACAGAGAGAAAAGUUUUAUUUACAACUGUUUCCGUUACCUCUGAUUUAGUGCCGCCAGACAGCCCUAAUCUGUCGGCUUCACCAACAGUACCAAUUUGGAGCGGCGGAAACAAACCAAGCAGAGUCAUCACCGGGCAACUAGUCGGUGAUCCUAAACUAAACAAAAAAGAGUGCAAGGGCGAUAUCAAAACAAAAUUAAAUGAAUUUUUUACUUAUAAUGACGUCACAAGACAGAAGUCAAACGGAUAUGUAAAACUAAAAAUUGAAGGGUCACUGACUAGUCCCUACAAACCAACAACGAUAGAAAAUGCAAAAGAAAUGAGUUUGGAAUAUACGCCUGCAACGAUAUCGAGCUUAAGAAGUCAGAUAAUUGAAAGAGAAACGAUAAAAGAUCGAUUCGUUAAAGCCGAUACUGAGAAAACUGCUGCCAGCGCGCCUCCAUCAGGUGGCGAAAGAACAAGAUUGACUUCUGCGACGCAAAUGCCGAGAGAUAUACUCGAAACGAUCAAAGUAACAGCAGUUGAUAACUUUACUACAAUGUUCAAGAAUUUAGAGAAAAACGAGGACGCGAGCAAUAAACUUUUAAGGGUGUCUGGAAAUUCACGUGGCGAAAGCUUUACCACUGAUUAUGACGUUGCUACAAAUUCAAAAAGCGUAGAAAAAAUCGAAAAAAAGGAAUUAACUAAGGUUUUUAAAAAACUACCUCAAAAAAACUAUACCACUAACGAUGAUCCCACAAGCUUGAAGACAUUAGAGGAAACUAGUGACAGGGCCACUAACCCUACUGCAGCGCUCAAAAAUUUGUCACGCGGAAAUACUAUCAGUUCAGGUAUUAGUCACGACUUGCCGAUUACCAACGCAAGUGAAGAAAUAGUUGAAAGAACUACUCAGUAUGACAAGAAAAUAGCGAGCUUUUUGGAUGAAGAUAAAAGAAAACAAAAGCCGAAUACAACUGUAAUACCAUUUUCAUACAUUUUCACUUAUCAGAAAAGCGGAUUUUUGUUAGAAGUCAAAGAAACUGUUGCAGUUUCAAAGGCGGAUGAGGGAAACAGUUUUGAGAUUGAUGUAAAAAACAUUAACGUAACAAAACUAACUUCAAGAACUUGGGAUCAAAGGACGAGAAACAAAACACAAAACAAAGUUAAGUUGCAUCUGCAAGAAUUUAGCGGAGCGCGCCGAAAAGAAAAAACUAUUGAGCCGUUGAAAAAUUAUUUGUCGGCUGAAGGAAACUGUCAGACACCCAACUGUCGACAACAAAAUACAACAGAUUACGCUAAUAAAAGUUCUGAAGAUCAGUGCUGUUGGGGCGGUCAUAAUUUUGACGCCUCUAGAAACGACAUCAAAAUAAGCAAAGUAACUGUCAAGGCCAGCAGCAAACCUGAUGACCGGUUCCGAGACAAAAAAUAUGAAAAGCUCAGAUAUGAAGAAACACGGUGGCCGUAUUUUCCAACUUCGCUAGCUGCGACGUCAAACACGCCAACAAGUUCUUUAAAAAAUUAUCAUGAAGGUCAUAAUCAGAGUUCCCAGACACUUCAGGUGCCAGAUCAAAGUCCAAAAAAUUACAUCCGGCUUAAGUACGGCCCAAAAAAGGUAGAAGGUUUCUGGAAUUAUCACUCGACGGAGGCAGUUCGAACAAAUAGACCUCCACUAGCUAGAGGAAGGAGAGUUUUUAUAGAACCAGUACGAGCAUGGAGGAAAAAUCCACCAGGCUCAUCCGUAGCGCAGCACAAUUAUGAAGCACCCAUAAAGCGAAUAUCUUCAGAAGGCAUCACAGUGACGGAAUACUGGGAGAAAAAAAAGUGGGAAUACAAGGAAACUGUAAUUUCUUUAGACUUCUUGGACCGUAAAGUACCGUGCCCAUUGUAA